AACGCUCACAAAAAUAGACAAUUUGCUCUACGAAAUCGAACGCACAACUCGACCUUUUAGUAUCGAAUUAAAAAAACGUAAAAGUUCUCGUCAACUAUACCACCCCUUAGGGGCGGGACGCGAGCACUCAUCCCUCCAUCCCUAUUACAACAGUUUACCGAGGUCCGUAGACGAAAUAGCCUCGUUUUGGCACACAACGAGCAAAGCGACAAUUAUCCGCGUUAUAAUUAUCGAUUUAACAUUAAAUUUAUGUUCUUUCAACAUUUCGCUUAAUCUGUGCAUAUUACGCGGUUAUUCUUAAUUCUAGUUUUUUUUAGUAUUUUUUAAAAUAAAUCACUUAAUUUUUUAUAACAACGUCGACUCAAAUAUGUAAUUUUGAAAAACAAAAAUGUUAUUUAUUUAAAAAUUUAUGUGAAUUAAAUGAAACAAUGAAUCAAGAAACGCGCAGUGAUUCACCAAGUGAAAAACGUCAAGAUUCCAAAACGUCUUUUUUAAUUGAGGAUAUUUUGUACCGCGGUCAUAGACAACCAUUCAAACAACCAGAACCAAGAAGGUUUGAUAUUGAACCUAAAUAUUUUCCAUCGUCGGCUGAAGUGAGGCCUCAUGUGCCAAGAGAUGGUUAUUUGCAAGUGGCCAUGGGGGCCUUAGGGGCAUAUUUACACACACCCAACACUUAUAAGGCUGUGGAGACACCGUAUUUUUUGUCACAAGGUGUGCCUUACCACGCCUUGUUUACUCCGUCGGAGCUUUCACUAUCAGCAUUGAAGCACUGCCGUCGAAGGAAAGCAAGGACUGUAUUUUCCGAUCCACAGUUAACAGGUCUGGAAAAGCGUUUCGAGUCGCAACGCUACCUGUCAACACCAGAAAGAGUGGAACUAGCUGGUGCACUCAACCUUUCUGAGACGCAAGUAAAAACCUGGUUUCAGAAUCGAAGGAUGAAGCAUAAGAAACAGAUGAGGAAACUGCAACAAAAAGGUACUGUUGCGGUGGAUUUCACAACUAAACACACAAUGAAAUGUUCUCAGGAUGAUUCCCGAAUAUCAACAACCCACACUUCAGACUCCGAAUCGGAACACAGUGACAGCGAUAUUGAUAUCGUCGGUGAAUCGAAUUACGCACAUCACUACUCUAAUACGUAAAGUUGUUGUAUGUUCGAAUAAAAUACUAUUUUAUUGAAUUAAAACGAAUUUGAACUAGAAAACAGGAUGUCUCAUAUAUAUUAAUUCUUUAAAAUUGGGUUCUGUCACCACUGUCUCUAAACACGCGUUAAAUAUCGUACAUUCAAGUUAAACAUUGUGUUUUUAAUACAGUUAUAUCUUAAUAUAAGUAUUAAGAUAUUCGUUCCACAUUCGUUCUUCGACCUUUUAAGCUUAGAUUUAGCUACACAACAACAUUUGCUAUGCUAAUGCACAGAUUUUAAGGUAUAUUUAAAAAAAAAUAUUGGAAUUGGUCCAACCGUCUUUGAGUUGCACUUAGCAUCAUUUGUGAUUAAUUUUAUAUAAUAUUUUUUCUAGUUCAACGUUGUAUUAUUGCAAUAAAACAGUAUUAUUAAAUAUUAGGGUCAAUUGAACUAUAGGUACUAUCUAAUGUCAACUAGGUACAAAUCAAGUUCUAAUUAAUUUAUUAUAAACCCAACAAAUACUACUACUG